AUGGGCACGAUAGGCCCGGUGCUAGCACGUGCAGAGGCACAGGGCAUGGUGAGCAAGACAUUGGGCAUGGCCCUGGGUAUCGCCAUCGCUCCACACGUCUUGGCGCGGGCAGAGGCACAAGGCAUGGUGAGCAAGACAUUGGGGAUGGCUCUAGGCAUCGCCAUUGCUCCUCACGUAGGCACCAGGGGUCCUCUGCUGUGGCUGAUCCACGCAUGCCCUGCUGUCCGGCCCACCCAUGUGAUUGUACUUCACUUUCUGCUCCUCCCCUUCCUCUCCCCACAGGUGCUAGCACGCGCAGAGGCACAGGGCAUGGUGCUAGCACGUGCAGAGGCACAGGGCAUGGUGAGCAAGACAUUGGGGAUGGCACUAGGCAUCGUCGUUGCUCCUCACGUGGGCACCCGGGGCCCUCUACUGUGGGCAACUCAUGGCCUGCUGUCCGCCGCCCACCUGUUUUGCAACUACCGCUCGUACAAGGCCGUUCAACUCAGGACGCUCAACCCCUUCAGAGCAGAUAUUGUCCUGGCAGAGUACGUGACCAAUGGCAGGGUGCCAGGUGUCAUCGAAGCGUCCCCUCCACCUCUCCCCGGCACAGGUAGCAAGAACUGGAUUGAGUUCGGAGUGCCCUUGGCAAGUAGGCAGCAGUGGCUCACACAGACAGACGUCUCAACACUCCCUUACUCCCAUUCCACCCGAACCCCCUCCCCUCCUCCCCUUUCCAGGCCUCUCCCCCUCCUCGUCCAGGCACAGGCAGCGUCUCCUCCACCCCUUCCCGGCACAGGGAGUGAGAACUGGAUCGAAUUUGGGGUGCCCUUGGCCGCAGUGGCGCACACAGAGCGGGAGGCUGAGACCAUGGCUGAUAUAUUCCGAGGAGAGAAGUACCUGCUUGGGAGGGACGAGCGUACGGGGCAGAUGCAGUGGGAGGAGGCAGAGGCGGUGGCUGGGAUGGGAUAUGCUGAGGAGAGAAGUACCUCCUUUGACAGGACGAGCGUAGUGUUGAAGGAAGGAGCACUCCCUCGGGACUUCCUCAGAGCGGCCCUGCAAGCCGCCUACCUCCGCACUCUAUCUCCACACGUCCUCUGCCCCACCAUUCAUUCCCUCGCCCCCCAAGCGCGCACCCACGUCCAAGCCCGCGCCGCCGAGUUUUCCUCCUUGGGGAAGCAGAUCAAGGUAGUGUUGAAGGAGGGGGCACUCCCAAGGGAUUUCCUCAGAGCGGCCCUGCAAGCCGCCUACCUCCGCACCCUCUCUCCACACGUCCUCUGCCCCACCAUCCACUCUCUCGCACCCCAAGCGCGCACCCACGUCCAAGCCCGCGCAGCCGAAUUCGCUUCCUUGGGGAAGCUAGAGGUGCUGCAUGCUUCGUAUGACCGCAUGGCUGCGGGGUUUGAUGGGUUGUGUGAGGCGCUGAGAGCGAAUGGGUGGCGCUGUGACGAUGGCUUGUUGGCUCGGCCAGGAGACUGGCGACUGCUGCUGGCACCUGAGGAGAAGAGGAAAUGA